AUGUCAUCUGCUAUUCAUCCAGUAGUUAUUGUCACAAACAUCAAAGCGCUAAUCCCCAUCACUCUUGACAUCGAGAAUGGUCAUUACACAGCUUGGUCGAAGUUAUUCAAAAUUCAUUGCAUCUCCUAUGAUGUAUAUGAUCAUCUUCAGCCGAAGAAAACCACUGAGACUUCCUCCUCAUCCGAUAUAGACAAAGCAAAAGAUGCGACCUCUUCUUCUCUUUCGUGGGAACGUCUCGAUUCCAUUGUCUUACAAUGGAUUUACGGGACGAUUUCCACCGAUCUUCUGCACACUAUUCUGAAGCCCAACACCAAUGCAUACGCCAUUUGGACGGCGUUGGCAAAUAUUUUUCAAGAUAAUAAGGCCACGCGAACUAUCAAUCUGAAUAACAAGUUUGCCAGCACACGUCUUGAACAAUUUCCCUCCAUGAUGGCAUACUGCCAGGCGCUCAAGGUAAUAUAUGAUCAACUUACUAACGUUGGUUCUCCCAUCACUGAAGAACAAUUGGUAUUACAACUGCUCAUGGGCCUUACGGAAGCAUAUGAGAGCACUGCUACCAUCAUUCAACAAACCAGUCCUUUACCGGACUUCUAUGAGACUCGAUCAAGACUAUGUAUGGCUGAGACGCGCAAAGUAAAUCAAGUCCGCAAUGCAGCCCAAGCCGCCGGUACCGCUCUCGUGGCGACGUCUGACUCUCAUCCGCCGCCAAAUUCUGAGAAUCCUGACUCUCGGUCAGGCUCUAGUCGCUAUGAAGCUCGCUCAGAUUCAAAUCGGGAUCAAAACACCCGUGGAAGAGGUCACGGUCGCGGCCGUGGCCGCGGACGCGGUGGUUCAGCAGGUAGGGGACGCGGUAAUUCUACUACACAGUUCACGGGUCAGCAUGGGUACCCGCCUUGGCCGUUUGGGUUCAACUCUUGGGCCGGCCUAACUACCCCUACCCUUGGGCUCCUUGGACUACUGCUCCUCCAUGUCCGUAUCCCUCAGUUCCACAGCGAACGCCACCCACCAAUGCCGGUAUCCUAG